GCCUGCCCUUCGCCAACCCCGGCGACCCGGUGCACUCCGUGGACAACCUGCUCCGGGAUACUGACGGAGCCGCCGGUGACCACCGUGACCUCCGGAGGUUGGAGCCUCCUCUACAGCUCCCUACCCGGGGUCUCGAAGCUCUACAACCUCGCCGCCGACCCCAAGCAGUCGACCAACGUCAUAGAGACCCACCUGGACGUGGCAUCGGAAUUGCACCAGAAGCUGGUCUACUUCAUGCGCGAAACGGAGGUGCCGAAACGCCUCCUGGACCCGCGACUGGAGCUGAGGAUGUGA